CUUGUAGUUACUCCUGUUAGAAUCGGCCGCCAUCCAGGGAGUUGCGGUAGCCGAGAUCUAUCAGACGCAGUGUUUUGAGCUGGCGUGGGGGUAAAGGCUCUGGAGGAAGGGAUUCACAAUGGUCCAGCGUUUGACAUACCGUCGGAGGCUGUCCUACAAUACAGCCUCUAACAAAACUAGGCUGUCCCGAACCCCUGGCAAUAGAAUUGUUUACCUUUAUACCAAAAAGGUUGGGAAAGCACCAAAAUCUGCAUGUGGCGUGUGCCCAGGCCGACUUCGUGGGGUUCGUGCUGUGAGGCCUAAAGUUCUAAUGAGGUUGUCGAAAACGAAAAAACAUGUCAGCAGGGCCUAUGGUGGAUCCAUGUGUGCUAAGUGUGUCCGUGACAGGAUCAAGCGUGCUUUCCUUAUUGAGGAGCAGAAAAUUGUUGUGAAAGUAUUGAAGGCACAAGCACAGAGUCAAAAAGCUAAAUAAAAAAAUGGAGCUUUUCUGAGUAAUAAAAAUAGUUAAAAGGCUUGUUCUGU